AUACUCGAAUUGUCACUGCUUCUUGUGAUGAAACUAUGAAAGUAUGGGAUGUUGAACAAAAGACGUGCCUCAGGGAGCUAAGGGAUCACGAGGACCGGGUUGAAACUGUUUGUUCUCAUCCUACUAAUGAUGAUAUAAUCGUCUCUGGUUCAAAAGAUGGAUCCUUUCGUCUUUGGGACUUGAGAUGCAAUUCAAUUACUGUUGUUGGAAAUGCACACCGAUAUCAAAGUUAUGGACAAGUUGAAGCCAUGAGAAUUACAUCUGUUCUUUGGCUCAAGGAUCAAGUCUCCAUAGCCACCGGUGGAUCAAAAGAUAGUGUGCCAAAAAUUUGGGAUAUCAGAAGUUUGGAUCGUGAUGUCUCACCCAUAGGUCCUCUUCCUCAGCCAGCAGGACAGCAAAGAUUAGAGGGUAUAACUAGCUUGUCGCAAGAUGACCGCGGAACUUUACUCUCAGCCUCCUGCAAGGAUAACCGAAUUUAUCUAUAUAAUACACUUCAACUUGAAAGGGGGCCUUUAAGAUCCUAUGAAGGUGGUACUUUAUCAUCUUAUAUGAAGGCUGCAAUUAGCCCUGAUGCAUUGAACAUAGCUAGCGGUUCUAAGGAAGGAAAUAUAUAUAUUUCGAAGGUCAACAAGCCUCAUGAGCAACCUACUAUUUUGUUUCCGCGCGCUGGAGAAAAUGCAUCCUUAGUUGACUGGUCCUUCUCCGAGUUUGGAAAAUUAGCAACUGCUGGUGAACACAUAGUUCGAAUAUGGGAUCAAGAUCAUCCAGAAAUGGAAUAAAGAAGUUUAAAUUCCAGGAAGAAAAUCAUCUGUUGAGUUUAUUACUAUCAAAUUUUUGUGAAGUUGGAGGAGGCUAAAAGCCAAAAACAUGUAAAUCUGGAAUUUUUUGUUUUUGCUUCUGCUGAUUUGCUAGAGUGAGACAAAGGGGGCUUGUACUAUAUCUACUUGAUGAAUGAGUAUCAUGAUUUUUUACUAUAUUUGCAUGGACCUUUAGUGCCUUAAAUGAAGAACUCAUCCUUUGUAGGUAAAAUGUACA